AUGCUUCCAGCUGUUCUUCUAGAUGCCUUGGAAGCGCUUUCGGCGGUGGGCGCUAGGCCUACAGAUGUAGCCUGGUUCCACUGCCGAAUCCUCACAGCAACCGUCAACCGGCUUCCGCUCGUGACACCAAAGCCGGAGAAGAAAUUCAUAAACUUGAGCUCGUCCGUCCACCGGUUCGAUGGGUCCAUGUGGCAAAAUUUUCGCUUUAAGGAGCGGUCUCCUCACCAGGAGCUGAGCAGGCACCGUGCACAAUGCAGCGCUGCCUGUGCAGAAUCCCUGUGUCAAUGUCGUCUGGGCUGCGGCGAAGUGACAUCAGCAAGUGGUGCUCCGAUGCUAGCACUGCUUGCCGCUCCACAUUUGACCUCACAGUGA